UCAUCUGCGCCUGCGUACAUUUUCUGUUGUGUUGGUGCGUCUAUGCUAACAGGCUAAUUUCGGCUGUGCGUCUUUUAUUAUAAACAUAUUUAUCCGCUUUAUCUUCCGUUUGCACUGUUUCAAACAACAAGAACAAUGGCGGAUCCAAGAAUACGGCAAAUUAAAAUCAAGACUGGGGUGGUUAAACGUUUGGCCAAAGAGGAGGUGUUGUACAUAAAGGAGGCAAAGCAGCAGGAAGAGAAGAUUGAGCGUCUCAAGGCAGAGGCAGGAGAUGAGUAUUUAAUCAAGAAACAGAUGGAGGUGUUGCAAGAGUCAAGAAUGAUGAUCCCUGACUGCCAUCGUCGUUUAGCCAUAGCCCACGCUGAACUGCAACAACUGUUGGAAACGGAAGAGGAACUGGCUGAGAUGGAAGAAUACAAGGAGGCUAGAACUGUUUUAGAUUCAGUCAAGCUGGAAGGAUGAUGGACACGAUCGAAUAAACACUCACAGACGCUGACGAACACACUGACAUCCCAAGUGUCCAUUCCAUUUGUUCUGACCUGUUAAGCGUUUCAGAAGCAAUGCGAUGUGUUUACAAAUUGCUUAUGUUUCCGUUUUAAUUUCAAGUUUUAUAUUGAUUCAUAAUUUAAUGACACUGUUUUCUUCCUAGCCUUCUGUGAUCACAUUUACACAAUCAUGAAAUAAAGUUUCUUUUUAUUAUUUCAAA